AUGAAAGGUGAGACCGCUUCCUCCUCCUCUCCCACCUCUUCCUCCAUCUCUCAUUUCGAUUUCUUUGCAGUGUUCGCUCUGACUCUGCUCGGCUGCCUGGCGGCUUUGGCGCAGGCGCGCAUCGAUUACAAGCUGCAGUGCACCCGGGACGAGGUGGGCAUACGCUGGCCCAGCUACUACAGCAACUCCGAGUACUAUGUCUGCCAGAGCGUCUACGGCAGCCAGCUGACCGUCCAUUGUCCCGCCGGACAGGUCUUCACAUUCGUGCUGCAGCAGUGUGCCGCGCCAGCGCUCUAUGUGCCCGCUCCACCUAUGGAUGUGCUGCCGACGGCGGCGCCGAUAACCACGCACCUGGUCGACGAGGCGCCGGCCGUAUUGGCGCCCGUAUUGGCGCCCAUUGGCAUCGUUCAGCCCGUUCAUGGCCAUGAGCCCGCCUUGGAGCAGCAGAUUGUCCAUGCUCUGCCAGUUGAUCCCACACCGCCCACACCGCCCACGGAGCCACCGACGCCACCGACUGUGGCCGUCGAGGCGCCCAAGCCCGGCAAGAAACCGAUCGCACCGCAGCCCCAGAAGAAGCCAAGCACAGCGCCCGCAAAGGCUGCCGCCGCCAAGAAGCCAACGGCUCCGGCUCCGCCGAAGGCGGCCAAGAAGCCAACGCCGCCCAGCAAGGCACAGAAGAAGCCGCCAACGGCCUCGACGGCCUAG